AUGUCCGCGUUGUUGCAAGCCACGGAUGGAAACACUGACGGGAUGCCACCGAGGACUCUGGCUGGGACACCCAGCACAGAGAGCGGAGGAGAGAAUGGUGAGGCUGUUCAUUGCAAAUCCUCCGAUUCCAGCGGCGAAGAGGAGGCGAAUGUGGGGAAAAAGAAGCCCCGGAGGCAGAGGACCCACUUCACCAGCCAGCAGUUGCAGGAACUGGAGGCCACCUUCCAGCGGAAUCGCUACCCAGACAUGAGCACCCGGGAGGAGAUUGCUGGCUGGACCAACCUGACAGAGCCCAGGAUCAGGGUUUGGUUCAAGAACCGGAGAGCGAAGUGGCGGAAGAAGGAGCGCCACCAGCAGCCGGAGCUUUGCAAAGGGGGCUUCGGUGCUCAGCUCAACAGCCUGCCUGGGAACCCCUACGAGGACCUCUACCCAAGCUACACGUACAGCGCCUGGGCCCCCAAGGGUCUCCAUGCCAGUCCGAUCCAUAACAAAGGCUUCCAAUUCUUCAACUCCAUGAACCUCAAUUCCUUUCCUCCCCAGGGGGUGUUCUCGGCAGCGGGAGGGGCGUCCAUGCCUGGCGUCUCAUCUUUGGAGACCCUCAACAGCCUGGCGAGCCCCGUGGGUCUUCCUGGUUCAACGUAUGGACCCGGCGCUCCGUCACCGUAUGUGUACAGGGACCCCUGCAGCUCAAGCCUGGGGGGUUUAAGACUGAGAGCAAAGCAGCCGCAGCCCCUCCUUAACUACAGCUCCCCGCAAAACCCCACCGUCAGCCCGAGCGCCAGCCAGUAUCCUCUGGACAGGCCAGUUUGACGCGGAGACCUGGAAGA